GGUAGGAGCGGCCCCCGCGACAAGCCCCUUCCCUGUGCCACCAGCCUGUCACCCAGCCCAUGGCGAGCCCGAGCCUGGAGCCGCUUCUGGCGCUCAGCCUGCCACUGCUGCUGGCCCACUGGGGCCGGGUUGGGGGGCAAGUUUCUACGACCUCGACAAGUGUGAACACCACCGCUACACCCUCUGGCCCCAGCCCUGGUUCCAAUGGAGCCCUGUCACAGGAGGCAACCACCACCAUCAUCGUGGUUUUCUCUCUCCUGGCUGCCCUGCUCCUGGCUGUGGAUCUGGCCCUGCUGGUGUGGAAGCUACGGGAGAAGAGGCAAACGGAGGGCACCUACCGGCCCAGCAGUGAGGAGCAGUUCUCCCACGCAGCUGAGGCCCGGGCUCCCCAGGACUCCAAGGAGAUGGUGCGGGGCUGCCUGCUCAUCUAGGUCCCCUUCCUCUACCCAUCACCAUUCUUGGUUGUGUGACCUUGGGGGAAGGCAGAGCCCUCUCUGGGCAAUCAAACCCACCCAGUCCAGUGCUUAACAAUACAAGGGAAGAAGGUGCUUCUAAGACUGUGCCCUUGAUGGCAGGGGACACUGAGGCUGCUCACUUUACACAUGUAUCUAUAUAGUGGGUGGUGAGAUAUUAUAAGACCUUCCUGUGGGCUGGUAGGAGUAGGAAUUAGCCUAGAUGAAGGAGACUCCUACAGGGCACAUAGGCUGUUGGGAGAGGAAUUCUAAGUUCUCGAGGGCCCUAGGGGCUGGGAGGGCUUCCUGGAAGGGAGGGGCUUUUAGCUGCACCUAAGAGCCAGCCUGAGGUUGCCUCAGGAGGGGAGGUGGUGAGUGGUGUGGGUUUCUGAGCAAAAGAGGGCUCCCAGAUAAACUCAUCAGGAAAA